CAAGCGCUGUCUGUCAACACUGGCCUUCCAGAUUGCUCACAUUCGCCUGCGCUCCGUGGCGCUAGGGACCAAGUUCCUCUCGACUUGGGUGUACAACACGUCUACCAAGCUCGGCUGCGACCCAACAAUCCCCAAUCGACCUUGCUCUCGCUUCCCCUGUCACGAACGAGAUGCAGCGUUCAGAAGUCUUCAAGGCAACAGCUGGGUCGUGUCGCGUCGUUGCCGAUACGAGGGCCACUUAUCAACAAGCCGCGAUCGAGUCGGCACCUCGUGACGCUUUCGUCUCUCCUACAGUGCUGCUCACACUCUCUGUGACGAUCCUUCAUCCGCCCAGAGCGCACCGUCGAAGGGCUCGUGCGGCUGCAGACAACGAGGCGUAUGAUGCUCAAGAGCUCGAGCGGGAUACCUUGGAAGCCGGCCCUCGUGUAGAAGCGCUGUCAGCGUCUGAGCUUGGACCAAGCGGCAUUGUGCGAGCGAUCAAAGUCUACAUCGAGCAUAAUGCAGCGGCACUCUGCCUUCGACCAUCCGUGGAGCUGGUGCAGGAUGAGCCUGGAGACGUGUCCGCGCUACGUCGUCAGGGUUGUGACAAGGCCCGGGCAGUGACGUUGAAGCUCAGCUCGGCAGCACCACAGUGGGCAAGCGACACAACACAGAGCUUCCUCACGUCAGCCGACACGCAUAUUACGUGGAACGGACCACGACGAAGGAGACCUGAUCGAGGUGAGCGGGCUACGUAACGCUGGCUACAAACAGGCAUGCUCACCUUGCUGUGGUUGAAGACCUGAAGCAGAGCCUUUGCCGGCCCACGCUGGGCCCAGUGGACGCAAGCGCAAUUCAUAGACUGCUCGAGCAGGUGCUGCUUCGUUUCGUGUCGGCUUGUCCGAGUGGCAGAUUUUGCGCGCCG